AUGACUGCGGUAGCAAAUCCUCCGAGCCUAUCGAAUCUCAACCGGCCGCAAUGGGGUGUUAAUGGUGGGCAGUCGCUCAAUUCUAUCAACUCAGACGACCCACGAGGCAUGUUUGCGACGCGCAAAACCAUCCAGCGAACCAACUCAUCCUCCUCCAUCUCUUCCAACUCGUCCACAUCCUCCUCCUCUACCCUGGUAUCUUCCAACGGCUCUACCAACGGCGCCCAAGUCUCGGCAGCGGGGGACCUGAGCGGCUGGCCGAAUGCCAACACGCGCAAGCGGCCGCCGCCAAAGGGCUCGCAAUGGCCUACGCAGAAACCGGACACCCAGCCCGACUUCGCCAGAAUGCCUGCCGGCCGGCCGCAGAUGAUGGGGGGCAUCAACGGUGUUAACUCUGUCCAUCAACCUUCGAGUUUCCUGCCCCCGCAAGGCCAGAUGAGCGCCCAGGGCGGUAUGGCGAGGCCCAUGGCCGAUCCCCUCGCCGCGGGCCAGCCUGUUCUCUAUCUUCUGUCGCUCAACGGAACAUUUGAACGCAAAACCAUCUCGGUGCCUUUUCUUCCCGAAACUCUACGGAUAGGUCGUCAGACCAACGCCAAAACUGUGCCCACACCCGUCAACGGUUUCUUUGACAGUAAAGUGCUGUCCAGGCAACACGCAGAGAUCUGGGCAGAUCGACAAGGCAAGAUUUGGAUUCGGGAUAUCAAGUCAUCCAACGGUACUUUUGUCAACGGCACCCGCCUCUCCGCCGAGAAUCGCGAGUCCGAACCACACGAGUUGCAAACCUCUGACCACCUGGAACUCGGCAUCGAUAUUGUUAGCGAGGAUCAAAAGUCCGUUGUACACCACAAAGUGGCAGCUAAAGUUGAACACGCCGGGUUCCUGAACCCUUCAAGCAACCUACUGGACAUGAGUUUUGGGGACCUGGACCCGACCAACCCGAUGAUGCAGCAAAUGGGUGGCCAGUUUCGUGGCAGGACUUCCAGUCAAGCGUCUAUGGGGCCAGGCGGUCGGCUAGGUCUUGGUGGGAAUAUGAAUGGCCAAGUCAACGGCAUGGCUAUGCAGAGAGGGGGGCUGUUUCUGACCCAGCCGUCUACCGAGGCUAUUGUGAAGAAGCUUCACCAAGAGAUGCGUAAUGCCCGCUUGCAAGCAGAAGACCUAUCACGCACCAACCGAUUUAUCCACGCCCUCCUCUCCAAAGAAGACAUCAAGAACGAACAAAAGCCCGAGGUCCCCGAGCCGCCCAAGUCGCACCUAGUUAAUGGCAAUGCGCUCCCCUUCCGGCCGGACCCCAAGGCGCGCUUCUCUGAACCCCCUGCGCCUCCUCCUCAGCAACCCCUUCCUGAGAAGCCCGAUGUCCCCUCAUUAAAACGAGGAACAACCGAACGACCGAAGGCCCCGCCUCAAACCGCGUCGCCCGUCCGUCCCGACAACACGAGCCAGAUCCUGCAGCUCACGGAGGCCUUGGACAGCGCUCGGAAGGAGAUUGACAACCAUCACGCUCGCAUGAAAGAACUUGAAAAGAAGUAUCAAGAAGAGCGACAGAGGCGCGAGUCUGCAGAGGAGCAGGUGAAACUAUUGGAGGAUGCGGCGUCAACUAAGGAGGCGAAUGGCGCUGCAGUGAGCCCGGACACCACUCCCGCCUUAGAAGAGAAGAUCGCUGUGGCUGCGGCCGAGUCAACCUCUGCUGCUGACGACGAUGCCACUCACACAGCAGCAACCGAGACGCCGUCAGAACCGACAGAAGCCAUGCAAGCGCGCAUUGAUGCCAUGGUCGCAGAGGUGAAGGGCCUGAAAGAUCUGGUGGAAGAAUUCCGCAAGCGGGCUGAGAAGGCCGAGGCCGAGCGUGACGAGGAUAGGAAAACACUUUCUGAGAUGGUCGCUGAGAUCAGGCGGCGUGACGAGGAGGAGGCUCGCAGGAAGGCGAAAGAAAGGACACGAUCCUCUUCCGUUGGUCGCAAAGGAGUUGUCAUCUCGUCGCCGGCAAAUCCUGAUGUGUCGGCCGUUGAUGGGGCCUCGGAAUCCGGUCCGGCAGAGAAGGAAUCGCCUGCUGACCCCGCCGAAGAAUACCCUACCUUAUCAAGGGCCAACACCAUCACGCCGACGCCUCAGACCCAAGCCCUGCAGGCAUCCGAUCCCGUCUUCAUACACGGUAUGCCGUACGCCUCUAUGUUGGGCGUCGUCAUCUUUGGCAUGGGUCUUAUGGCGUACCUGAACGGAUGGCAGCCGCAGGGUCGUUUAGACCAGUAG